AUGAAUUGCAAAUUUUUGAUAUUGCCUUCUCCUAUCCACAGACAUGAUAAUCAAGUUGGUCGAUGGUUAACAAAUUUUCGCGCCACCUGGGAUCCAAAAUUCGAUUCAUAUGCUGUAGUUGGAAGCAUGAAACAACCGAACAGGUAAGAUGUAGCCACGUAUGUGAUUUUAGUGUUGUUUGGUCUUCGCAUGUGGAAUCGAACGUAAAUGGAUAUUCUUACAACACUGGUUGUGGACUCUCCCCAGACUUCUUUUUAGUGACCCUACUUGUAGUGCAGUUUAUAAUUAAGUUAGUAAUAAUUAUGAAUGUCCCCUAAUGUAAAUGUGAAUUUGAGUAGACCAUCUCACAGGGGACUAAGUCCCUUGCUCUUUGCGGACAGUGUGUGGUUUCUUUCACAACAGAAUUUGUUGUAUCUGCAAGGGCUGUUAGACGGGGCCUGCGAUUUUUCAUUCUUAUCCGAGAAGACUAAUAAAUCUAACCAUUUGCAGAUGUCAUUACAAAGGCAGAACUUUCUCCCUAGUUCUCUAAGACCCUGAGUGUUGGUCCGGGCCAGGGUUUGAAACCGCGACCUCCCGCUCAGCAGACCGUCGCUUUUCUGUUGAGCUAACCAGGCGGCGGUCGACAGAGGUAGAGGCUUCCUGCAAAUUUCGCGUUGAAAAUCACCGAUAAAUCGCAUCAAAAUCCUGACAGUUUUGAAACAACUGUGAUUUCGCAGAGAAGAAAUUUUUUUCUUCCAUACAGUCAUUUAGCAUUGCUGAAAAACACAAGUUUUGUGGCCAUCGUUUCGUUGUUAAACCUACCGUUUUGAACUUCCCCGGCUGUGGUUGUGUCAAGGCUCUUAUUUGCGAAACAACUUUUUGAAGCCCUACACAACUUUCUAUACUCAUUCUCACAUUGCUAAGACACCAUUUUUUAAGUUAAACUAAAGCUUAAAAAGAUAAAAGACCUUCGCUCAACACUCAAGCGAACUCCGUCCUUGCGAAACUCUUUAUUUUAUUAUUUUUUAUUAUUAUUUUCACGCUUAAAUUUACAUGCACUUUCGCACGUCCUUUUUAUGUUAUAUAUUUCCACGCCGAAUCAUGUUAAAAUUUCUUAUCUUUUGAUAAUGAUGACACGAAGCCAUCGAAAAUUCAAGUUUCCUUUAUAUCGUUGAUUUUUGUUUCAACAUAAAUUACUGCUCAAGAACGUAAAGGACUGGGAUUAUUGCGAAUUAUAUUUUAGUCUACGAACGUUCUCCUUGUCAAAGAAUUAGCGGUACCAAAAGAAAGAAAAGUCUAGCUAUAAAAGAGGAGACUUCAGUCUUCAAGUCGUGACUACGUAGAUUCAGUGCACUUAAACUUAAGAUAGUUGAGGGACAAUGUGUUCCAUCCCUCUGUAAAUAAGUUAGCUGGUGGAAAUUCAAGUGGAAAGGUGUAUUUGUGGACGGAAUAA